AGUUAAUUAGCCGGCACUUUCGUCAUUUCUUUGCAAGUAAAUGUCCUAAUUUCGAAAUGGAUGUGUUGGUUACUUUAUUUUACAUUUUGUUUUGUAUUUGCGUUGUUUAUCCCCCCACUGAAUUCGUUUCUGCCGGUUUUACAAUCGCUCAGCUGUUUGAGAAUUACUUGGGGUCCGAGAAUGUCAACUUUAUGGGGUAUCACAUGAAACGGAUGUCGAUUACAGUGGUGAUUCACUCAGCAUUGCCUCUGGGUUACAUCUUUUGCUUGUGGUGCGGCGGCGAGAGAGGGCAAUGGAUGCUGGCGGCGGCGGCGGGCAUGGCAAUCAUUGCGCUACUAGCUAUUUACAAGAUGGUGUGCUGGUGGGAGCAGGACAAGAGCAAACACCCAGCAGUCAAGGCAUUGCUGCCAUAUGUGACACCAGGCAGUGAUUGGAGAGUUGUUGCUGCUAAUUUGAAUACUGAAUUCAGAAGUGUGGAUAAGGUGUCAGUGCCCCUGACAGCAACAAGCAAGUUUGUAGCGACAGAGACAUGGCUCAUCAAAGUGACACAGUACAACUUGAAUGUGGUGAAACAGAGUGAUUGCGCUUUGGUAGCAACAGCUACUGAUAGCCACAACUUGACUCCAUCGGGCGAAGACGAAGUUCAGUACGUCAACAUAGAAGUCAUCCCAUCACGCGAUGAUAUCCUCCGUUUUUCAUUCCGUAUUUCGACAACUGCUUUACGCGACUUGCAACCGAGAUUGGCACAGCCAGUGAGGGUUCCAGAACAUAUAUCACUGUUGCCUACACUGAUUGAGAGAUUUGUUACUGUUUUUAAGCAACAUGUUGAACAAAAUCCAGUUUUCAUGGUUGAUCAGGAGCCCGAACUAUGCAUUGGUUGUAUGCAGGCGCCAGCCGAUGUGAAAAUUAACCGGCGUUGUCUGCCGCCACCGGCGCAUCUGCAAGGCGGCCCACCGCAAUGCCAGCAGUGCAACUGCAGGGUAUUGUGGUGCUGCGCUUGCAUGGCGCGUUGGUGGGCGGCGCGGGCGGCGGGUGCGGCCAGUGAGUGGCUCAGCGGACGCUGCACCUGUCCUGUCUGCCGCUCCGUAUUCUGCUUACUCGACGUCUGUCCGGCAAGGCAGAGUGCAUCGUAAAUAAAUAACACUUAUUUUUCAAACGUUCCGUUCUUGGAUUCUUGCUAGAUUGCAUUAUUCCAAUGUCAUAACUGUAGUCCUGAUUUUCUAUGCAAAGUAGCACUUUGAACAUCAUGCCGGUAAGCGGUUGCCGAAAUCUUCUCAUAGCUACUAACCAUAAUUAACUUUUAAUAUCCGCAUCAUUUUGACUUCCUUAUAAAUAGACAAAAUUUGUAUGAAAUGAUUUAUGAAAGCGGCAUUAAAAAAUUUCUUUAUACAUACAGUGGUGGUCGUAUAAUUAGAAACACUACAAACGGUCCUUGACAUUAUGUAAGAAACUUCACUGCAAUCGUUUUUAUUUUGAAAUUAAACAAUAAAUAGGACAACAUUAGGUUCAACGAUUUAUUAUUUAUUAGAAAAACUAUAAUUAAAAGCACUGUUUACAGGACGUCUAACAUAGCGCUUUCCAUCUGAAUUUACCAUGUUUAUUUUCGUUUCAUCUGAAAAUAAAACUUUUUUCCAGGCUCGUACCGUCGAAUUAACAUAUUUU